UCCGCGACUGCAGACGUCACUUGUUAUGUCUCCUCCGGCUUGGGCUCUGCUCCGCCGCGGGGAGGCGGCUACGACGACGGGGCACGCGGAAGCCCAGCCAAGUCACCGCCAGCGGUCCCCGCAGAAGUAGGACCGCCGUCUGCCCGUGGAGGGGACUGAGGGACUCUCUUCUGAGAGUCGAAAAUCCACACACAAGAAAGAUGUGGCUGAAACUGUUUUUCUUGCUUCUUUAUUUUUUGGUCUUGUUUAUUCUGGCCAGGUUUUUUGAAGCCAUUGUGUGGUAUGAAACUGGCUUCUUUGCCACUCAGUUGGUCGACCCAGUGGCUCUGAGUUUUAAAAAGCUGAAGACCAUUUUGGAAUGCAGGGGACUUGGGUACUCAGGGCUUCUGGAAAAGAAAGAUGUCAGAGAGCUGGUUGAGAAAUCAGGAGACCUUAUGGAAGGUGAACUUUAUUCUGCUCUCAAGGAAGAGGAAGCCUCUGAGUCUGUUUCCAGUACAAACUUCAGUGGUGAAAUGCAUUUUUAUGAGUUGGUAGAAGAUACAAAAGAUGGCAUCUGGCUAGUACAGGUCAAUGAGUGGUCACAGAAAAUACGGAAAGAAAUGAGGGUGAUUGAUAGACAAAUUAGAGAUAUUCAGAGAGAAGAAGAAAAGGUGAAAAGAUCAAUUAAAGAUGCUGCAAAAAAGGGGCAAAAAGAUGUGUGUAUUGUCCUGGCCAAGGAAAUGAUCCGUUCACGCAAGGCUGUGAGUAAACUGUAUGCUUCCAGGGCCCACAUGAAUUCAGUCCUGAUGGGGAUGAAGAACCAGCUAGCUGUCCUGAGAGUAGCUGGUUCCCUGCAAAAGAGCACAGAAGUCAUGAAAGCUAUGCAAAACUUAGUAAAAAUCCCUGAAAUUCAGGCUACAAUGAGAGAGCUUUCCAAAGAAAUGAUGAAGGCAGGUAUCAUGGAGGAAAUGCUAGAGGACACUUUUGAAAGUAUGGAAGACCAAGAAGAAAUGGAAGAGGAAGCAGAGCUAGAGAUUGACAAAAUAUUGUUUGAAAUUACUGCUGGAGCCUUGGGAAAAGCACCUAGUAAGGUUACAGAUGCCCUUCCAGAGCAAGAGCCUGAAGGGGCCACAGCAGCUGUUGUAGAUGAUGAAGAGGAAGAUAUUGAAGCUAUGCAGUCAAGAUUAGCUACGCUUCGUAGCUAAGAGGAAAGCAGUUGCACAGCUGGAUUCAUCUCGCCAUAGGCAAUUCUGUCAUGCCUUUAUAAUGUAAAUCUUCCUGCAGAAGUUUUUUCUGUAUAUAUUCUAUUUUUUGUGCGCUUAUGUUCAGAAAUAUUUUUUUUAAUCCUUUUUGCCACAUCAAUGUAUGUCAGGUCAAAACAUCUCUGGCAUAAUAAAGAAAAUCUAGUAUAUUGUCAAACAAAAUAAAAUAUGAUUUAUCUAUGAUUUCCUCAAAUGCAUUUUUGGAUUGCACAUAUAACAGUAGAAUUAUACAGAUUUUUAAAGCACUAACUGGUUUUUAAUAAACAGCUUUUAAUGCUUUAUUACAAUCUCAACUGAGUAAUAAAAAUGGUAAUAGUUCAUUACAAGUAAACAGUGCAAAGGAAAAAUCACCUUUCUAAAAAGAGUUAAAAAGAAGAAACUGCCUAGGCUUACAGUCUCCAACAUGGUACUUAGGGGCACCAGUAUGCCCACAGAAACUUUGCUUUGCAUCUGCCAAAGUUCUUGGCCCAAUUACCAUUUUAUAUUUUUAUAUCAAGGCCAUUAGAGUAGAAUCAAUGUCUUUGUUCUAAUUUUUAAAUGUAAGCUUGCACAGUGCAAGAUUCAGAUUUUAAGCGUUACCUGUAUUUCCUAACAUACCUGUGGAUCCUUAAGCUUUCCUAGAAAUAAAAAUGAUGUUCUUCUUGUUAUUGACUAUAUUUACUACUACGAAACAAAAAUGGGAGUGUCUUGCAUUACAGGAGUCCCCAAAUUCUCCAACACAUCAAUACCUUCUAAAAGUUUCAGAUUAUUCAUCAACUUUCCAACAUUUAUUAUACAAAAACUACCAGAGGCACCAUUUAACUAAUAGGCAGCCAUGUUGCAAGGGAGUAACACCAUGUUGUCGGUUUCCACCAUUAACCAAAACUUUGAGCAGGUCAACGGGAAGGGAAGUUGUUAACUGAGUUAACACAUUGCCUUUGCCAUGUUCUGAUUAGAUUUAAUUAUGCAUAUAUGAAUUUACUCAGUAGGGAAGGGCCCAAAAUUGCAAAUCACUUUUUAAAAAGGCCUUUGAUAUAUAGGAGAGUAGUCCGGGCUAAUAAUAUUGCUGGUGGGCAAGGGGUACAUUUUUGGCAGUAUAGUAUUGAAUGAUUAAAUAAAGGUAUUGUCAGAAGAACAAUUUGGGGUUCCAACGAGUCAGAAUUCUGUAAGAAUAAAUAAAAAUGAGAUCUAGACAGCUGUGAUGAAAGAAAACUAUUCAUAAAAGGAAGGAGUUUGCUUUUAGAGGCAGUGCAGAAAAAGGGGUAUAGUGACAUUUUUAACGGGAGCUUGUUCUGGGUGUGGAAGUGUCUACGUUUUAGGCUCUCUGUGUAUGUGUGUGUGAUGCUUAUUCUUCUAAACAUGUAGUUCCGCUGAGAGUCUAAUUAAUUCUUAUUUGUAUUUACAGACCUUAUCCUUUGAUAUGUGGAUUAGAAUAACUUAUUUGGUGCUUCUUUGAGGGAGUUUGAG